GAAAGAGAGGAGGACUUUGCACGGUUUGCCUUGAGUUUUUGUUGUUGUUUUGGCGUGGAAGGGGGCUCAUUAAGGCCCAAUUAAUUAAUGCACUGGGAUGAAUGCAGACGGAACAGGGACCCCCUUGUGCAUUAAUCUCAGUGCAUUCAGUAAUUUUUGCAAAUAAUAAUAUCUAUUUAUCUAUCUCGGGCGGGAAAGCCUUGGAAGAGCGGAGCAUGCGCACUGGUUUUCUCUAGGCCUUUCUGCAGGUCGCUUGGGAACCCGAAGUGUUGCCUUUGGACCCAAGAAGGAGAAGAAGGACGUUGCAAGGUACCUGUGGCUUCUGGUUGAAGAAGAAUGGACUUGUCCACUGAGGCCGUGCAGGGAGAAAGGGACCCGGAGACCUCUCCAGAUCAUGACCAGAAGAGGGGUCCUUCUCACGGGCCACAUGGGAUGUUCUUGAGAUCUUCUCGGCGGAGAGCAAAGGAUGGAAGAAGCCCGGAGAGGCGACCGAGGAGGGACAGGACCCUCCUGGAUCAGGACGAAGGCGCCUCUCCCAUUCCAAACCAGAAGGAAAUUCAUACUGUGAAGAAACCAGAAUGUGGACAGACCACCAUUGAGAGUCUACGAACCCACUCUGGGAAGAAACCCUAUAAGUGCCUGGUGUGUGAGAAGAGCUUCAGUCAUAGAGCACGUCUGUAUAUACAUCAAAGAAUUCACACUGGAGAGAAACCAUAUAAAUGUAUAGAGUGUGGAAAGAGCUUCACUGAGAGUGGAAGUCUACGCUCACAUCAAAAGAUGCACACAGGGGAGAAACCCUAUAAAUGCCUGGAGUGUGGGAAGAGCUUCACUCAGAGCUCAAAUCUACAUACUCAUCAAAGAAUUCACACUGGGGAGAAACCUUAUAAAUGCCUGGAGUGUGGGAAGAGCUUCGCUCAGAGCUCAAAUUUACAUACACAUCGAAGAGUUCACACUGGGGAGAAACCUUAUAAAUGCCUGGAGUGUGGGAAGAGCUUUAAUCAUAGCACGACUCUACAUUUACAUCAAAGAAUCCACAAUGGGGUGAAACCUUUUAAAUGCUUGGAGUGUGGGAAAAGCUUCACUGAGAGUGCGAAGCGACGUAUACAUCAAAGAACUCACAAAGGGGAAAAACCCUACAAAUGCCAGGAGUGUGGAAAGAGCUUCACUUUCAGUUCAAGUCUACGUUUACAUCAGAGGACACACACAGGGGAAAAACCCUUUCAGUGCCUGGAGUGUGGGAAGAGCUUCACUCAAAGCGGACAUCUACUUGCACAUCACAGAAUUCACACUGGGGAGAAACCCUAUAAAUGCUUGGAGUGUGGUAAGAGUUUUUCUCACAGCGGACAUCUGCAUUCUCAUAAAAAUAUCCACACGGAGACGAAACCCUUUAAAUGCCUUGAGUGUAGGAAGAGCUUCACUCACAGUGUAAGUUUUCGUUUACAUCAAAGGAUUCACACAGGAGAGAAACCCUAUAAAUGCCUGGUGUGUGGGAAGAGAUUCGCCCAGAAUGCUUAUCUGCGGCGUCAUCAAAGGAUUCACACAGGGGAGAAACCCUAUGAAUGCCUGGAGUGUGGGAAAAGCUUCACUUUUCGUUCAGCUCUGCGUUCGCAUCAAAAGACACACAAAGGGGAGAAAUGCUAUAAAUGCCAGGAGUGUGGAAAGAGCUUCACUUUCAGUUCAAGUCUACGUUCACAUCAGAGGACGCACACAGGGGAAAAACCAUAUCAGUGCCUGGAGUGUGGGAAGAGCUUCACUCAAAGGGGAUAUCUACUUGCACAUCGCAGAAUUCACACUGGGGAGAAACCCUAUAAAUGCUUGGAGUGUGGUAAGAGCUUUGCUCAUAGUGGACCUCUACGUAGACAUCAAGCAACUCACACAGGGGAGAAACCCUAUAAAUGCCUGGAGUGUGGGAAAAGCUUUACACGUGGAACUGGUCUGACCACCCAUUUGACAAUCCACACUGGGGAAAAACACUUUACGUGUCUGCAGUGUGGGAAGAGGUUCCGUACUAUUUCUAUCCUCAAAGGGCACCAGAAGGUUCACACCAGAGAGAACGCGAUGUGUGCCUCGAAUGCGGAAGAUGCUUCGCUUAUAGCUCAACCCUAACUAUACACUGGAGGAUCUACAUGGGGGAAAAACCUGUUAGGGGAUGAUGGGUAGCAGAGUGGAUUCCAAAAAUCAUCAUUCUGGUCUCACCGCCCCCUUCUUCCGCAGGCUGACUUCUCUUGCGGAGAAACAGCACCGGCCAACAGAAUUCCAGCAGCCGGAGGUUCAGUUGUAAAUCCAACUGUUGUUAAACUUUUUUUACAUAUUUACAGUUACAUUUCCCGGCUUCGGAGCAUAGCAUUCAUUGUCCAUCUGCAGCGAAAGCUCAAGCCGAACACAACAGAGAUUAGAUAACAACAUUCCUCAGUCCGGAGGAAGUUCCAACCCUCAAAGGCAGGAAAUCAAUCCUGAUAGGUCAUAGUAAUCACAACAGGCUGUCAGUCAAAACUAGCCUGCUGUUAACUAUUUCAUUACUGAAAAUACACAUUCUUGCUCAUCAGCAGUAAACACUUGAUUUACAUUUCAUACAAAUACAACCAUACUCCAACAAAACCGUACCAAUACUAGGAUUGCAGGAAGACCUUCCAUCAGAGAACACACCUUGUCAAGCACUGGAGAGUUCAUGCAGGGAAGAAGCCCUAGUAGUCUGCCAAAUGUGGAAAAAACCUUUACUCAGACAAGCCACCUUAUUAUCCACCGAAGAAUCCACGCAGGAGAUAGACCUUACGACUGCAUAGUAUGCAUGAAGGCUUUGACAUGAGGAUGGCCCUUGAUGACCACUAAAGAAGCCACACGGGAAAGAAGUCCUACAUGUAUCUGAAAACCUAUACCAGGGAGAAGAUGUAUUCUUUCUUCAAGUGUUGAAAGAGCUUAAGAUGUGAGUCACAACUCACUUCUCAUCAGAGGAGCCAUUCUUGAGAGAAAUCGUAUUGAGGCUCUGAGUGUGGACAGAGUUUCGGUCAUAGUAGGUAAAACCAUAGACAUGUUCAAGUGCAUACGACACUGCAUGUGUCCAACUCAAGGCCUCUGACCCAUCAUGUCACUAUAUUUGGCUCUCCAGAUGCUGGACUACAACUCCUGUGUUUCUCAUUAUUAGACCGCAUGACUAAAGCUGAUGGAAAUUGAAAUACAGUCGCAUCUGAAAGGCUGCAAUUUGUCCUGUCUGGACAGUGGGUUUUCAAUCUGAACAUGACAUUUGAUGCUAAAAUGUUCUUUAACCUAUCCACUGACGGUGUGAGAGUUUAAUUGAGACACAUUCACCUUUCUGUCUCAAUUUCUUUCAGUUGGCGAUCUAGCGAUCUGCUUAGUCGCACAAAGAUAAAUCCACAUUACCCUGUUUCCCUGAAAAUAAGACAUCCCCGAAAAAUAAGACCUAGUAGAAGUUUUGCUGAAUUGCUAAAUAUAAGGUCUCCCCCGAAAGUAAGACCUAGCAAAGUUUUUGUUUAGAAGCAUGCCCAGCGCCUGCCAAACAGAACACCAGAGCUUGCAGGAUUGAUACAUGUACAUACUAUAGAGUGUUGUACAUGGAAAUAAUGGUAGUAACAAGAAAUUCUUGAUAGGAUUCACAGUUUGUCUGGUUAUACUGGUUUGUGAUGACAACUACUGUACAGUAUAUAAUAAAUGUUCAUUUUUUUUUUGUUCAACAAUAAAUGUGAAUUUUUCUUCAUGGAAAAAUAAGACAUCCCCUGAAAAUAAGACCUAGCACAUCUUUGGAAGCAAAAAUUAAUAUAAGACACUGCCUUAUUUUGGGGAAACACGGUAUGCUGUCAGCUGAACCCAGCGGUUUUUAUCUUUAUUGAGUUAAUUACAUCUAUAUACACAACACAGCCGGAGAAGACCAUCUACAUGUCCAGCUCCUCGAGGACUCUUCCACAGACUAAGUCCAACGACAAAUCCUGGACCCUCAAAUUCUGGAAAGCAGGUAUCAGAUAGUCCCACUCAUCAGAUAGGCUCGCUAACAUCACAAAGCACUUCUGUUUCCCUGAAAAUAAGACAGUGUCUUAUAUUAAUUUUUGCUCCCAAAGAUGUGCUAGGUCUUAUUUUCAGGGGAUGUCUUAUUUUUCCAUGAAGAAGAAUUCACGUUUAUUGUCGAACAACAAAAUGAACAUUUAUUAUCUACUGUAAAGUAGUUGUCAUCACAAACCAGCAUAACCAGAUAUACUGUGAAUCCUAUCAAGAAUUUCUUGUUACUACCAUUAUUUCCAUGUACAAUAAUCUAUGGUAUGUACAUUUACCGAUCCUGCAUGCUCUGGCGUUCUGUUUGGCGGGCAUGCUUCCAAAUAAAAACUUUGCUAGGUCUUACUUUCAGGGGAGGCCUUAUAUUUAGCAAUUCAGCAAAUCCUCUACUAGGUCUUAUUUUAUGGGGAUGUCUUAUUUUAGGGGAAACAGGGUAUGUAGUAAUUACUGUAUUUACGAAUUUAGCACCAAAAUAUCACAAUGUAUUGAAAACAUUGACUACAAAAAUGCGUUGGAUAAUCCAGAACAUUGGAUAAGCGAGUGUUGGAUAUGUGAGACUCUACUGUAUUUGAAUAAAUGUACAUUGUUGUACCAUCUAUGUAUACACAUAAUAAAAGUCAAAGCUAGUACUCAAUAAAAAUAAGACAUCCCCUGAGCCAUAGUGUAUCUUCUUGAGGAAAAAUAAAUAUAAGACAGUGUCUUAUUUUUGUAGUAAUACUUAACCAAUUCCUAAAACCUACAAUAAACAAACGCUCCCGCAUUAUCAUAAGUAGUACAUUUAAAAAUCCUAGUUGCUUGUACAGUAGAGUCUCACUUAUCCAACGUUCUGGAUUAUCCAACGCAUUUUUGUAGUCAAUGUUUUUAAUAUAUUGUGAUAUUUUGGUGCUAAAUUCAUAAAUACAGUAAUUACUACAUAGCAUUACUGCGUAUUGAACUACUUUUUCUGCCAAAUUUGUUGUCUAACAUGAUGUUUUGGUGCUUAAUAUGUAAAGUCAUAACCUAAUUUGAUGUUUGAUAGGCGUUUCCUUAAUCCCUCCUUAUUAUCCAACAUAUUCGCUUAUCCAACAUUCUGCCGGCCUGUUUAUGUUGGAUAAGUGAGACUCUACUGUAUAGUUAAGUCGUCUUCUUCUGGAACAUCGUCAUAACUCUCCAAACCCGGAAUUCCAUCCUGAAUUUCUUGCGACUCCCAUUUCCUUUCGAACCGUUGACCCCAAUCUUUCAUAUCGAGCAGUAUUGCUCUAGAAAUCCUGCUACAGCUUAUUUUAUGGGUAUGUCUUAUUUUCGGGAGAACUAGGUAAAAAGUACAAGUGUGAUUUUAUAGUAUUCUAAAGGGAAUCCAAUAAAGAGAGAUAGAAAUCAGCUUAUAGUGAGCGAGAGGUCGUAGACCAGUAUUGAUUUAUUAAUAUUCUUUUUUUGUAGUCAGCUUUGUGUAUUUACGAUUUGUUAUCUGCGGUAGGCCUUUAGUAGUCAUUCCCGGAAGAUGAAAAAUUGGUGAUUUGGUUUUCUAUUAGUAGACUUUAUUGAGGAAGAGACUUGGUAACAAGAUUGACAUACAGGGUGAAAGAGACGAGCAAGACGAAAGCACACCCAGAGAAUGGAAGAUAAAGAACGAUGGUAACAGUUUAUGAAGAUCUGCUAAUCCGUUAAUUAACUAGGCUGACCAAGGAAAAAUAUUUGUCAAAUUAUGAGCAGUUGGAACUUUUUAAGUUACUAGUUCAGAUAAGAUUAAAGAGAGAUAGAAAAUGGGUUAUAGUGAGCGAGAUGUCAAUAAAGAUAAGAGCCGCUGGUUUCAGCUGACAGCCAGGAAGUAGAGGUAAAUUGAGACAGAAGGUGAAUGAGUCUCAAUUUAACCAUUUCAUGACAGUUUACUAGUCUUGGUUUAUUAGUAUUUUGUUAGUAAUUGUUUUUACCACACUGUUACUAUUUCAUUCUUUUUUAAAAAAAACUUUUGUAUUUCUUUUUUUUUUUAAAUUUGUCUAGUGUGGAUUGUUAGCCGCCUUGAGUCCCCAUGGGGAGAAAGGUGGGGUAUAAAUAAAGAUAAUAAUAAAAAUA